AGAAUCAUUAUAGUGAUGACACGUGGUUAUAAAAAGAAGUUGUAAUGUUUUUCAAAUAAUAUACAGGGGAUAGAUUUAUCAAAUCUAGGGCCCAAUAACAAGUCUCUCUUUUAAUAAUGCUGACGAGUCAGAACAUAGACAUCAGCCCCACCUUCCAAAACAUUAGCUUUUUAGAGGAUGGUCUUGAUUUCAGAAUGCUUUCCGCAUAAAAAUCUGUCGGUAUUUCUUUCACGAGACUUUCAAGCAGUGUAGCAUCGUAGUUACAGUACAGACACAAACUCAUGAGUCUUCACUAGUACUGUCUCAUGAGUCAUGACCUAAAAGUUGAUUAAAGUUUCCAAUUUAGACGUAUAUUUAAAUGUCGCCGUUUCAUGAGGGAAAAAAACGUGAUUUAGUAUAUUCGAAGAAAGACCUUAUAUUCAAUGGCCCAGUACCAAUCAGACACUUAAAAUUUAGUCUUCAAACGUCUACGACCAUUUUUGAUUUUUCUUUCCAUGUGCUAUGUGUUUCAAAGUUCUAACAAUAUGAUCCACUUACUUGCUGAUAAUUAUUAGGUUAGAAUAUUCAAAGUACGUGUCUUUGAAAAUUCUCGGCUGAUGCCUGAUGAGAUCAUCAGUAAUGAACGCACACGCAGGUUGACUUUUCUUUUUGAAGCUUACAUAUAUAGACAGAGGCUGAAAUAUUUUGUAUGGGCAUAUACUAAAACAAUAGAUCAGGGGUUUUAAAUAAACUUGUGCUGAGUUACUUGAGUAAAAACAAAAAUGAGUAUGGAGAAAGUGCCACACCAUCAACCACCUGCGUCCGCCCCUGUAUAUAGAUAUGGUUUCCUAUCCAUAGGCUGCUUCAUUGUAAACCUCAUGUUUUGAAAAGAAAUACAAACUGAAACUGCUUCAACUCAUCCAUACCAGAUCCGCAAACUUUACAAAUCUAUGGAGAUAUUCAUCCACUGCGCUUGCUUUAACCAUUGUAACUGCUCACAGUGGAUUAUCCAAAACAAAACUUCGAUCCCCCAAUAGGCGCAUACGGUAGUACCUCACCAACCGGACCCCAAUGUUGUUAGCAAGGUGAAAGCAUCGAGAGAAACAGCAUGAAGAGACCUAUGGUUCGUGGUGGUUAAUAUUUUAUUUUAUAAUAAAUAAUAAACAAGACAAUACACAUUAAAAAUAAUAAAGAUAAAGAUAUUAAAAAUAUUCUUUCGGUCGCUACUUGUGAUGCACAUUAGCCCAACAAUAUGUUAUUUUUUUAUCAAAAAAAAAAAAAAAGACAAUACAAAAGAUACAUCUAAAUUUCGCUUGCAUAGUAUCUCUACGAAUAAAAUAGUCUCCAUCUAUACUGUGGGUGCAUAUUUAAAAAGUAUAGUACUUGUUGUUACCAUUUACCAAGGCGAAAACAGCGGGAGAAACACCGAUUCAUUUCUAAGUUAUGACAUGUAAUGAUCUUUCAAUUCGAUCAAUCUAUUGCAUACGUCUUUUAACUUCUUCUUUUUUUAGCAACAUACGUCUUUUAACUAGUGAUCUAUUUUAAGGUGUUGUUUCAUUAUUGUGUGAUAUAUUAUAUAUUAUAUACUCUGUGAAUAAAUGAAAUGGUUUUAAAAAAACAUAUUUAUAUUAGCUAUCAAAACCAAACGGCUAAAUAAAAAAUGACCAAAAAAAACAAAAAAAACUGAUGUAAGGCAUAAACCCUAGAUCGAGCGAGGCUUCAAUCGUCCUCAAAUAUCAAUCGCCGCUCUCUUUGGUGGUCCUGCUCACCGCCUUCAACAGUGGUUAUUGAAGAUGUGAUUUUCUAAGGUGUUCUGAUGUAGUUCGUGAAGUACUACAGAAAGGUGUGUCAAGACGUGAUGUAGUUCGUGAAGUACUACAGAAAGGUGUGUCAAGACGUGUGUUAAGACGUUGAGUUGUGAAGAUGGUUACAAAGAAGUUUUCUUAUAUGGAUCACAUGUGUAGGUGGAGCUUGGAAAAAGGAAAGAAAGAGAAUAUCUUGCUGAAGACAAAAGACGUUUUUCAUUAAGCUAAGCGGUUUUACUUGGAGAGAAAGUGUUACUUGGAGAGGAAAGGGAGUUUCCUUAUAUGGAAAUGGAAGUUCAUUAAAGUGCAUUUAACGAAUUUGGAGAGCAAUUCUAAGGUUUAUUAUAUAAGGAGGGACGUGCCUUAUGAGAAGACUAGCACCCAAAGAUUAAAGAUAAAGAGAAUAUUCAUUGAGAGAUUUCAUUGUGUUCUUGUUGAGUGUUAACAUUGUGUUGACGUAGUGUCUGACGGAGUGUCCGUUGUACUUGGUGUUAUGACGUUGGUGUUGACGUUACGUGUGUCCGUUGUAUUGUGGUGACCAAGCUGUGCAUUGGUGUUGACGUGCGCGUUGGUAUCUUUAUAUGAUGUUGACGUACUCGGUGACGUACUUGGGGAAGUACUUGGUGACGUACCUUCAGAGAUUUGGAGGUUGAAGUCUGAACUCAGGGGGAGUUUAGCUCAAGGCGAGAUUGUCUUGAAGAGUUCAUGCCAUAGAAGGGAGCGGUGAUUCAAAAAGGUUGUGCUUGUAUUACGCGUUUGCAAAUUGCUUGUAAUUUGCUUUCUCAUUCUAGUGGAUUCGAAUUCUGGGCAAGGUCCCGGAGAGUAGGAAACGAACCUCGUUAACAAACUCUGUGUGUUAUUUACUUUCUGCUAUAUAUCUCUGACUUAUCCGUACUUACAAUUGGUAUCAGAGCAGGGGUCGAUAGAGUUUACGACUAGUUUCGAGUAGAUCAGAGUGAGUGACAGAAAUUGCGUCAGGAGGUACAACAGAGUUUGGAAAACCGGUCUUGAUGGAGGCAUAUCAAGAAGGGACGUCUAUGACAAAGCCACCAAGGCUUGAUUCGUCUAACUGUGGAUAUUGGAAGGUCCGUAUGUAAGCUUUUAUCAGCGGUCUUGAUGAAGAUUGUUGGAGUUCAAUUGAGGCUGGUUGGAGUCCUCCUGUGAUGCUUGAUGAUGAGAAGGUUGAAGUUCUUAAGCCGAGAGAGAAGUGGACUACUGCGGAGAAGAAUGCUUCAAGCUACAAUUCUAAGGCGCAGACGGCGAUCUAUAAUGCUAUUGAUGUGAGCUACUUCAAACUGAUUUCUCAAUGUGUGUCAGCUCAGAAGGCGUGGAAGACAUUAGAGAACAUGUUUGAAGGUACUAUAAAUGUCAAGCGAACUAAGCUGGAUAUGCUAGCAUCUAGAUUUGAGAAUCCAAGGAUGGAUGAAGAAGAAACUGUGGCUCAUUUUAGUGCCAAGUUGUGUGACAUAUCUAAUGAGUGUUUUGCGCUUGGGAAGCAGUGCAAGGACAAGAAGCUGGUAAAGAAGCUGAAGAGGUCGUUGCCGCUGAAGUUUGAGUCGAAGAUUUCUGCCAUAGAAGAAGCUCAUAAUCUGGAUGAGAUGGCUUUUGAUGAAUUUGUAGGGAUUCUUCAAGAUUUUGAGUUGAGCAAGGCAUAUGGAGAUCAAGAUAAUGAGAAGGAUAAGGAUAAGAAGAAAGAAGAUCCUUAUGGUGUUGCUUUGAAAGUUUCAUCUUCUGAGGAUCCUAUGGCGAUGCUGUCAAGAAACCUUGCUGAGUAUCUGAAGCAACAAAGAGACAAAAGGGAAAAUGGAAAAAGAGGUGAUUUAAGAAGACCACCAUCAAAGUUAUGAUGCUAUGAGUGCAAUGGGUUAGACAUGUUCGGCUGGAAUGUACAAAUUUGCAGAGGCGUGAAAAGAAGAGUAACAACAAGAGUGAUUCUGAUACUGAUUCAGAUAAUGGUAAGAAUCUGUGGAACUUUGUGGCGUUCAGAACUUUGGAUUUUAGCUAUGAGAAGAAGUCUGCGGCAGGAUCUGUGUUAUCGUCUGUGUCAGAGUCUACACGUGGGAGUGAUGAUGCUGCUGGAAAUGAUGAUGAUACUGGCAAUUUCGAUGAUAUAGAUCUUGCUAAGAACUACGAGACAUUGUAUGCACAUUGGCUCCAGAGAAAGAAGAAGCAUUAAAACAUGCUUCAGAGAAAGAAGAAGCAUUAAAACAUGCUUCAGAGAAAGAAGAAGCAAGCAAGACAAGCUAGAGUUCAACUUGAAGAAAUUCAUAAAGGUCUGAGGAUGCUUAAUAAUGGUACAUAUCAAUUGGAUCAUCUUCUCAGCAUUGGGCAGAGUGAUCAGUGUGGUCUUGGAUUCAAGGGAAAAUCUUCUAAAGGUAGAUGUGUUUUUGUGUAUGUUGGUGCGACAGAGAAUGUAGCGAAAUGUGCUACAAAGCUAGUGGUUAAAAGUUCGACAGGGACUGCAACAGAUGGUAAAGCUGCGACUGUUAAAAAGAACUGGUGUGAAAGCUGCUACUGCGACUGCAGUAAGGGCUGCUACUGUGACUGCGGUAAGGGCUGCUACUGCGACUGCUACAAGAAAAACUCCAGAAGUGCAGAGUGCACUUCGACAAGCUUUUGUUCCUAUUUUUCAUUAUUAUGGAGUUCGUGGGCAUAUUAGGCCAAGGUGUUUUAAGCUGUUGAGGGAGAAGCGACAGAUGGAGCAAACAUAUGGUAUGAGGUCUCAUAGUCCAAUAUGUUAUUGUGGAGUUCAACGUCAUGCUCGGCGUGAUGGUUUUGAUUCUGGUCAAGGAGCUAAUCAUGGAGGGAUAAGGCUCAUGGAUACGUGGUCUGGAAGAUCUGGUCAUUAUGGAGAUGAUGGGAUGCGAUUCUAUCCUCGGCAUGGAGGAUGGCGAUCAUCUUUAUUAGUAUUUUGACCAUGAUGUGAUUGGAAGGGAGAGAUUGGAGAGCUUCAUGUUUGAGUUGUUGAGUUCACAUACAUAGUCAAAAUGGGAGUGACUGAAGAUGUGAUUUCCUAAGGUGUUCUGAUGUAGUUCGUGAAGUACUAUAGAAGGUGUGUCAAGAUGUGUGUCAAGACGUUGAGUUGUAAAGAUGCUUACAAGGAAGUUUUCUUACAUUGAUUACGUGUGUAAGUGGAGCUUGGAAAAAAAAAGAGAAUAUCUUGUUAAAGACAAAAUAUGUUUUCCAUUAAGCUAAGUGGUUUUACUUGGAGACGAAGUGUUACGUGGAGAGGAAUAUGAAUUUUCCUUACAUGGAAAUGGAAGUUCAUUAAAGUGCAUUUAAUGAACUUGGAGACCAAGUCUAAAGUUUAUUAUAUAAGGAGGGACAUGCCUUAUGAGAAAACUAGCACCCAGAGAUUAAGAUAAAGAGAGUAUUCAUUGAAAGGUUUCAUUGUGUUCUUGUUGAGUGUUGACAUUGUGUUGACGUAGUGUCUGACGGAGUGUCCUUGUACUUGGUGUUGUGACGUUGUUGCUGACGUUACGUGUGGCGGAGUUGUCCGUUGUAUUGUGGUGACCAAGCUGUGCAUUGGUGUUGACGUGUGCCUUGGUAUCUUUGGUGUGCGUCUGGUGUUGACGUACUCGGUGACGUACUUGGUGAAAUACUUGGUGACGUACUUUCAGAGACUUAGAGGUUGAAGUCUGAACACAGGGGGAGUUUAGCUCAAGGUGAGAUUGUCUUGAAGAGUUCAUGCUAUAGAAGGGGGUGGUGAUUCAAGAGGGUUGUGCUUGUAUUACGCGUUUGCAAAUUGAUUGUAAUUUGCUUUCUCAUUCUAGUGGAUUUGAAUUCUGGACAAGGUUCCGGGGAGUAGGAAACGAAUCUCGUUAACAAACUCUCUGUGUUAUUUAUUUUCUAUAUCU